GUGUCACCAUAGGUGUCACUAUCUCAAUUUCUGUUUAUAAAUAAAAAAUAAUGUAACUUGAUCCAACCAUAACCCUACUUACACGUGCAAAUUUGUGAAAAUUUGGAAAUUUUUCUAUGGUGGUCUACUUUUUGAAAUCAUUUACUGAAAACACAGAGUAUGGGUCGAAAAGGAGCAAAUUAUAGGCCAAAACAUUUUAGUGCAAGUAAAAAUCAAAAAGGAAUAAGUGAACUUAUAGAUAAACUGCUGAGGAUAAGUACAAUAAUACAGCAAAAGGAUGUUUCCAAAUCAUUGGAACAUCAGAAAGAAAUAAGUACGGUACUUGAUAAACUGAAGAAAAUCCAGUCAAAUAAUGAUUCAGUUAUAUCUAGUAAUAGAUCUAGUGAUGCCAUUAUUGAUAAGUUCUCGAAGUGGUGUAAGAGUAAUGGGGCAGAAUUUAAUGGGUGUAAUAUUGAGUCAAUUGAAGGAUUUGAUUUAGGAUUGAUAGCCAAUACAGAAAUUCCCGUGUCAUCUUUAGUAAUUUCAGUACCUAGAAAAUUAAUCUUAACUGUAGAAAUAGCUAGGAAAUCAGAACUUAAAACUUUACUAGAAAAAGAUCCUCUGCUUAGUAGUAUGACAAAUGUAGCAUUGGCGAUUUUUUUACUGUAUGAAAAAUUUAAAUCUGAAUCAUUUUGGAAACCUUAUUUAGACAUUCUACCUUCAACAUACACAACAGUAUUAUAUUUUACUGUUGAAGAAUUGGAAGAACUAAAAGGGAGUCCUACAUUGGAUCUCGCACUGCACCAAAUGAAGAGUAUUGCUAGACAGUAUGCUUACUUUUAUAAAUUAUUUCAUGCCUCAAGUGAUCCAGUUUGUGUACUUAUGAGGGAUAAAUUUACCUUUGAAGAAUAUCGCUGGGCGGUAUCCACAGUUAUGACAAGACAAAAUACCAUACCCUCUGAAUGCCAUGAAGGUACCGUUAAUGCGUUAAUACCACUUUGGGAUAUGUGUAACCACAUUAAUGGAACAAUAAGCACUGAUUAUAAUCCUGAUUUGCAAAGAUGCGAAUGUUUAGCACUAAAAGAUUACCAACCAGGAGAACAGUUCUUUAUCUUUUAUGGAGCAAGAACUAAUGCGGACUUUUUUAUUCACAAUGGAUUUGUGUAUGAAAAUAACGAACACGACGGAUACUGGAUUAAGUUGGGUAUAAGUAAAUCUGAUCCACUGCAAGAGAAGAGGGUAGAGUUGUUAAACAAACUAAAUAUACAGCCAACCAGUAACUUUUUUAUUAAAAAAGGACCUCUACCUAUUGACGGAUCCUUAUUGGCGUUUGUACGAAUAUUUAACAUGAACGAAGAGCAACUCCGACACUGGUUGGAUAACGACCGAUCCGACGACGUGCAAUACCUAGAAUGCGCCCUAGAUACGAGUCUCGAGAAGAAAUCUUGGAUUUUUCUUCAAGCCCGUCUCAAAUUGCUAUUGGGCAUUUACAAAACCACUCUCGAUGGAGAUUUAAAAUUAUUGGAAAAUAAAGAACUGAGUGCUAAUCGAAGACUUGCUAUUAAAAUGAGAGCGACGGAAAAAAUGGUACUUGUAAAUGCUAUCGAAUACGUAGAGCAGUACAUCAAACAAUAACUUUUUCGUUUGGUUUUGUUUGUAUAAAAACUGAUUACAAAAAAUUACGCAAGGUGGCACAAUGUUUUAAACUUUGAGGGUUAUGUGAUAAUCAAAAAAUAUCUACGGUAUUUUUUAUUGAUAUAAAAUUUGCCCUUAUAUAUUUAUUAAAUCAAUAGUACUCUAUCUUUACAGAAAUGGCAGUGUAGAGAUAUUUGUUCUUUAAUAAAAAUGCUCUAUGUUACCAUACACGAAUUUUUUAAGAUGGUAGAAAUCAAAACUUGUAUUCAUCACUGUUAUAUCAAGCAAAUAGGUUCCCCAAUUAACUUUUUUUACAAAUGUAGUCCACAAGCGUCAUCAAAACAACAUAUUUCUGUACAUAAACAGACAUCUACUGUAAUUACUUACUUCCCGUGUCUCUUCAGUUCCAGUCAAAUUCUUAGCUACCAGUGUUUACGAUUUCAAAGGCAGUUUCCGUUUCCAUUAGCAUGCUUUAGGUCUUCUUGGGUAUAGGUUUGUUGUAGCUGUUAGCACACCAGCAGAUAAUCAUUGGUUUGUACAGCGCUACAGUCAUACAGAUCAUCUUUAACAUAGCCUUACUUUUUCAAAUUAUACUUGCAGCAGGUCACUACACUUUGUAGACAGUUUGGAGAUUUCCACAUUGAGAAAGGUAAGUUUGACCUGGCACGUAAUUCCUCCUUAUUGUGGAGUAAAGAUUAUGGAUCGUGUUGGCUGAAAAGUUCUCUCUUUCGGUAGCUUGGUGAGAUCUCCAGCUGUUUUGUGUAAUAAAGGAAGUUACGGCGUGUUUCAGUUGGGUGGGUUGUUCGGCAUUUCAUACAGGGAGGUGAUGGUGGUGUUUGACUUGUUUGUCUUUCUCGGACUCGACGGUUACAGCUCUUCUGAUCUUAGGUGGGGCUAUUCUGCGAUGGAGUAGAUUUUAGAGAUUAGUGUAGAUCUAAGGCACCCUGUAAUGAUUCGACCCGUCUCACGUAGAACAGUUUCCAUCUUCGAGGAAUGUGUUGAGAGUCUACAGACUGAAGCCG